CCCACCGCUACGGCUAAUGCUAAUGCUAAACGCUAAUGCUAAUGCUCACGGCUCCGUACCGACAUUCCGCAUCAGACACCCUAAACGCGCCGCCCUGCAGCUGCAAUGGGCCGCUUUAAACGAUAACGCAGCUGUCGUAGGUGAGAAGGAGACACAACGGCGGUGGCGGCGGCGGCGGCAGCGGCGGUGGCGGUCACUCUCCGGUUGGGCAUGUUUCUGCUCAGCUUGACCCUCUUCAACAUGGACUCCUGAAGUCUUCACGCUCCAGCGACUCAUCAGGUCGCUCCCGCUAGACUUUUGGGCUGUUCAGGCUACGACCUGUCCGACCUCCCGCCAAGAGGGAGCGAGCAGAUGGGGAACUGUUGCUGUCGCACUGAAAGUCCCUGUGGCAGUGCGGAGGAGCGAAGCGGUCUGCUGAAAGAUGACUCAAAGGUCACUGCGUGUGCGGGAGAAGCAGUCGUGGCGGGCACCUGCGGUCCUGAAGGAGACGAUGACUUAAGAAAAAGUCCCGACGAGCAGGUCAAACCUGUACCGGCGAAGCCCGAAAAUGGAUUGACUGAACUCAGCAACACUCAGGAAAAUGGACCCGUGCAGACGGAGAGUGUCCAGACAGCGGCGCCUUCUCCCCAACAAGCAGCCAAACUCAAAGAAAACGGCACCAGAGCACAAGACAAAGACAUGAAGGUAACUCCUGCCGAGCCCCACAGUGGGAAAGCUGAACCUCCGCAGUGCACUUUAAACUCUCAGCCAGAAGAAAAUGCCACAGCCGAGAGGGAAGUCGUAGCAUCAAAUGCAGAAGUGAAGGAAGAAGACUCAUCUUCGGCGCAGGGAAAAAUCCCAGACGGUGCCUCACUGACAGAAGAUGCGGCUCGCCAGGAAGAUCCCCCCCAAACUGAAACCCCCACAGCAGAGCACACGGCAGCGAGCGCUCCUCAUGACGAUGGCGAUCAGGAAGAGCCACGCUCCGCUCUCCCUGCGCCCGACGCUGCAGCCGAGUCGACGGAAGUUUUAACUGAGAGUAAUGAGGAGUUGGUGGAGACUCCUCCUGCUGCAGCCAGUCAGCCCGUCCACAUCCCUGCAGCCAGCCAGAAGGCUCAGCCUUUGACCUUCGCUGAGACGGAGGACGUGGAUCUCGGCGUCUCCUCGGCUCCUCCUGAAGACACAGAGAGCCUCCAUGUCUGUCCCUCUCCUCCUGGAUCGGAGCCCGAGGGCCUCGGCGAUACGAACCAGGACUCGGUCCAGGUGCCAGAGACCGACGCUCCAGCCGACGCCAGCCAGAGCCUUAACUCCGAUGCGGCUGCAGAGUCGGAGCUCCAUUGUGCAACGAGUUUGAAAGAGACCUCAGAGGAGGAAGUGAUGCUGGAGCCGCAGGACAAAGCUGAAGACGUUCCAAAAGUGAAGGAAGACGGUGAGGUGAAGGAGCAGGAAGAUCCAGAGAGCGCUUCCACCGAGGCCCAAACUCCGGAGGAGGCCGAGAGCCCGGAGCCGAGUGGAAACGGAGAGCAGCCGGCGGCGAACGGCACUGCGGACGACACCGCUGCCGUCGUACCUGCCGGCCAGAAGGAGGACAGUCUGGGGAACAGUGAGGAGGAUCUCUACAGAGCAGCCGAGGAUCUGUCUGCAUCCCAGAGUCAUGAAGCAGGACACCCGCCCAGCUCGGAGACUCCGCUUUUAAAGGUGGAGGACAGAUGCAGCUUGUCCCCGGCGGUGGACACUCUGCUGUACAGCGAGCGGGAGUGGAAAGGAAACACCGCCAAAAGUGCUCUCAUUAAGAAGGGUUAUAAGGAGAUGUCCCAGAGGUUCGGCGGCGUGAGGAGAGUGAGGGGCGACAACUACUGUGCCCUCAGAGCCACGCUGUUCCAGGUGUUGUCUCACAGCACACAUCUGCCUGCCUGGCUGCAGGACCACAGCUUCACCUCGCUGCCGCAGCAGCUGGCGGCUCAGGAAGGCCUGAUAAGUCAGUGGACGUUUCCUGGAGAGUGUCUGCAGGGCGACGGGGCAGGAGAUGCCACCCAGCAGCUCGGAGGCUACUUGGAGCUUCUGCAGAACAAGUGGCGCGCGGCGGUGGACUGCGCCUCGGCGUCGGAGCGCCAGCAGCUGUGCGAGCGGGUGUUCCGCGGCGGCGAGGAGGAGCUGGGGCUGCUGGAGGCGCUGAAGCUGCUGAUGCUGUCCCGGGCGGUGGAGCUGCACGGCCGCAUGCAGGCCGGGGACGACGUGCCGCUCUUCUGCUGGCUGCUGUUCGCGCGCGACUCGUCCGACUGCCCGCACGCCUUCCUCGCCAACCACCUCAGCCACGUGGGCCUGAGCGCCGGGCUGGAGCAGGUGGAGAUGUUCCUGCUGGGCUACGCCUUGCAGUGCACCAUCCAAGUUUACAGACUGUACAAAGCAGAGACGGAGGAGUUCGUGACGUUCUACCCGGACGACCACAAGGACGACUGGCCGUCCGUGUGCCUGGUGACGGAGGACGACCGCCACUACAACGUGCCAGUGGCGGACGCCGCGGCGCCGCAGGAGCAGCCCGCCUCCAGCUGAUCGCCUCCUCCUGCCAUACAAACACCCCUCAGGUCCACCACCGCCAACAGAUUUACACCAACCGAAAGGAAUCAUUUUGGGGAGGGGGAAGCGCUUGUUAGCUUGCUUUCCAAAAGCCAGACUGAUGACAUCCUUGGUAAACGGCGAGCUUUAGACGUGCCGCGGGAACCGAGCUCUUUCCAUCUGUAAUGCUAAGCUAACAGGCGCCUGGCUCCGCCCAUCAACACUCAGUGAGCAAAUAAGCACCACCCCCAAAAUGUCGACUCAUUCCUUUUGAAAGAAUAUGCUGAUUUGAGACCCUGUACGAGACGUGGUUUCCACGCUCUGGUACACACUGUACUGUAAACAGAGUUUUUUAUUGGAGUGUGUGUACAUAUCUGAUAUUCUGGGAUCGUCUGUCUUUGAUCCAGAUUAUCUCACAGGGCUUCAUUGUACAACUACAUAUUAGGACCACAUUAAAUAUGAAAAAAUACAACAACAAACCUUCUGUAUUUCAAGAUUAAAGUUUAAAUUUUAGAAGGGAAACCAAACAGUAUUUUAUGAUUUCUCUCUCAAGAGGUCAUUGUUGCAAUAUUUCAACUUUGCCCUUAAAAAAAAAUUACAAUUUUUACCUUCUGAUUUUGUUCUUAAAGAAUCAGCUUUAAUCUUGUAAAUGCAAACUUCAAAAAUGCCAUAAUGUGGCCCCAAUAUGCUGCCAAGUGUUUGUUUCAGCUGAAGAAAAGCCCAGGUUGUGGUUGUUGUUUUUUUUAAAAUGUUUUACCUAUUGUUCUGUCAAGUCCUGAUCCAGAGGAUGAUCAGCGCCAAAAGAACUGCAUCAAUCUGAGGUGUUUACACUGGAAUUUGGGCACUUUGUGAGUUAAUUUAUUGGUUUUUGACGACGUCAGAAUUGAAUUUUAAAUGAGUAAGCGUGACAGAUCCGGAGUCAGUCUGCUGAAUUAGUCAAUGAAGGGUUUGACGAUUCAUCAGGUUUUAAACGAGACGAUGAUCGGACGACUUGGAGGAUUAACGGCAGCCUGCGUCAGAGGUAUGAUUUGUGUGGUGUGUGUGUAUGUAAGUGUGUGUGUGUUAAACUCAAUGUGUAACAUGUUGCCUUUAACCAAGCUGUUGUAAAUUCAAGAAACGUGCCAGGGUUGCUGCAGAUAGCAGCAACAAUCCACCCACCAGCCACUGGCUUCAGAGGGAGAAA